CCUUUUCAAUUGAACAAUUCCAUUAAAACGAAGCAAAAUCAAAAGCACUCUAAUUUGUUCUUCUUUCUUCUCCACAUUUACAUUCAUUUGAAUUUGUAAUUUUACUACUUUUAGGUUUUGAUUGUUUAAUAACUGGUGGCAUAAUGUCUGAAUCGAGUAAUCAAGUAGUAGGAGUUGAUAAUACGUUUAGACGGAAAUUCGAUCGUGAAGAAUAUUUGCAGCGAGCUCGAGAACGCGAAGAGAAUGAGAAAGAUUCACGGUUCAAAUCCAAAUCAAAAGGACCUCCAGUGCAGAGGAAGCCUUUAAAGCAUAGGGAUUAUGAAGUUGAUCUUGAGUCUCGUUUGGGGAAGACCCAGGUUGUUACUCCAAUUGCACCGCUAAGCCAGCAGGCUGGUUACUAUUGUUCGGUUUGUGAAUGUGUGGUAAAGGAUUCAGCAAAUUAUUUGGAUCACAUCAAUGGCAAGAAACAUCAAAGGGCUUUGGGUAUGUCUAUGAGGUCAGAACGAGCAACUCUUGAUCAGGUACGACAGCGAUUUGAGGUGCUCAAGAAGCGGAAAACUACUGGUAGUUUUUCAGAGCAAGAUCUUGACGAAAGAAUUUUAAAGCAACAACAAGAGGAGGAAGAGAGAAAACGUCAAAGGCGAGAGAGGAAGAAGGAAAAGAAGAAGGAGAAGGUUGUUGAAGAGGAGACUGAGAUAGACCCUGAUGUGGCUGCUAUGAUGGGAUUUGGUGGUUUCGGUUCUUCCAAAAAAUGAGAAGGCUUUCCCCGAGCAAUGCGUAUGUUCUACAAUGUUAGCUUACGGUGCUGUUAACUUAGUUACAAUGUAUUUUUAGUGAAAUUCUGUCGAACUUUUUAGAGGUUUUAAAGGAAAAAGGUGGACUAAAUUGUUCAUGUUUUCAUAUGUUCAGCCGUUUUUCAAGAUUCAUAUUCUAUGUUUUUUUCCCUGAAUAAAUUGAAGUCCGAUUAGUUUGU